AUGAGUGACACUCUUAGACCUCCUUCACUCCAGGUGAGCGUCCCAAAUGACGCUCCGGCAUACUCAGACGGAGGAAACAACGCUGUGUCAGAUGGCUCCAUUCGAUCCAGCUCCUCAACCCCGACUCUCCGGCGCAAGCGCUUCAAGAUGCGCCGCAUGAGGAACGUACCCAGCGAGAGGGAUAUCGAAAGAGGGCGGCUGAACGACGGGCACCUCACGGCCCGAUCCCACUCCGGUUCCAAGGAGUACCUUCAGCUUCCUUCCAUUGAGAUUACGCCAUCCAGCGAUGAAGAUGCCGCUUCUUCCUGGUCCAGCUGCUCCACACCCAGCGCCUCCCCCCGCCGCAAGCGUUUCCUGUUGAGAAAGUGGCUGAAAGUCCGAGAGAAGAAGGAGCAAGGCAGUGAGAGCAGCAGCCAGCAGAGCAGUCAGCAAAGCAGCCAGCAGAGCAGCCAUGAGGACGACAACACUCGCUUCCUGACUCCGUUAAUCCGAGAGGAGAGGUCUGACAGUGCAGCGGACAAAAUCAGCAGUGUGAGCAUGCAUCGUAUGUUGUUGGGCUCACGGAGCAGAGAUACAGGGGGGACUGGCCUCGCUGUCACCCCACUUGUCCCGGCCCGCCCACCCCGCAUGUGA